AUGGGGAUCCCUAUAGGGAUGUGGCUCUGGCUCUGGGUCGCACAGGUCUCUUCGGAGGAAUCGGAGCCCGCCUGCCUGCCUGUGGCAGGAGAGGACUGCUAUCGGCUGCUCCGGCGGCCACAACCCGCCUUGGGUGCAGUGAUUUGGUGCGGACGAUCCCACGGCCGGCUCCUCCACACGUGGAACCAGCAGAUCCAGGACGCCCUGCGCGACCGCCUGGACGACAGGAGCAAAACCUGGAUCGGGGCUGCAGCAAAGGCGCUCCCAGAAGUGAGCCACCCUGGCAAAGGUGAGAGCGGGGCGGGGGCGCAGAGGCCCAACAGCAGCACCGCAGAAGAGGGGCAGCAGCAGCCAAUUCCAAACCAUCCCUGCCGCCCCGGAAGCGCCGCUUCCACGAAUCCUCCCGAGCUCAACCCCUUCUGCUCUCUGUCCGCUACAGGCCCCUCGAGGACGCCCCGAGAGACUUCCACGCCCUGGGUGAGAACGACCUGCCAGCAUUUGACGUGCGGCCCGACGGAGGCGACGCCCAUUCUCACCGAAGAGCCGACGGCGACUGCUCCUCUGAGCGCCCAGCCCUCCGCCGCGACUCCUCCGCCGCCCAGUGCUCCUCCAGGAAGCAGCACAGUUCGCCAGCCGACCACCGCUGACACCCAGUCAUUCCUUGGGACCAGGCCAGAACUCGGCACUCCCCGCCAUCCGCCGAGCAGCCCCAAGUCGGCAUCCAGCACCUGGCCAGCCAGCAACAGCAGCCAGACUCACCCCAACUCUCGGACCUCAGCCCCAGAGCCCAGCACUCAGCCGCUGCCCACCAGCAAAACCACCUUGGGGGGUACCAAAAGCCACAAGUCCAACACCAGCCCGGACUCCUUCACCUUCAGCCCUAGAGACUUCCCCCCUGAGGACCAGGGGAAGGCCCUAGAGAAGGUGCUGCACCAGUUCAGCCAGGCUGUGCAGACCCCAGGCCACCCUAUUGCACUGGAGCAGGCAGCCCGGAUGCUGGAGAAUUUGACAAAUUUCCAUGCUCUGCUCUCAGACGAUGCCCAGGCCUCUGCCAGCCAGGCACUCCUCUCCCUGAGCUCUCAGCUACUGAGGGACCACCCUGCCAGCAAUGCCUCCUGCCUAGACCUCGCAUCACAGGCUCUUUUCCAGACCCUCAGCAACCUCCUCCAAGCCUCAGGCAGCCAGACACCCAGCUUCGGCCCGCAACAGGAACCAAAGGUCCUGGAAACAGCAUUGGAAGCCCUUCCUCUGAUCCAGACGGGGCUCCUGUUGGGAAGCUCCACCAUGGAGGAAUCCACAGUAACUGUGGUGUCUUCUGUGCUCAGCACCACCCUCAGCAGGUGUGACAAAGCCUCCCUGCCCCAUGCCUCCUUCCACCUGCUUCAGCCAAGGGGCCUGAACGUAACCUUCCCAUCCAGCUCUGCUCUGGAGCCAGUUCUGAGCCAGCACCCUCAAGUACAAGUCCAGGUGGCCUCCUUUGCAUUCAAUCCUUUCCGGCACCUGGAUGGGAAGCCGAUCAAAAGGACGGCAAGUAUCGCUCUCAUGGCCAGCGAAGAGUCCAUCGGUGUCCACAAUCUUGCAGAGGAAAUAGAGAUUGGGCUCAGUGCUGAGGCUAGUGCUGAGGCCCCUCACACUCACUUGACUGGCAACGUCAGGAACUUUGACAUUGUGGUAAACAUCACAUCAGUAGAGGAUGCCCUGCUAGUAUCGGUGGAAUCCAGCACAGUGGUCCAGAUCACCUUGCACCUGGGCCUCCAACCUGAGCCCAACAAGAACAGCAGCCUCCUCAACACCACCCUGCCCAGCAGCGGAUGGCAAGAGGAGGGUACCUGCACAUGGGUGAUUCCUCCAGAGGAGCUGCAGCAUCAUGGCCUGGGCACCUACUACAUCUCUGCAGAGGUGGCUCCCCUCUCUCAGGGCCCCUGGAACCUCUCCAUUCACACCAUCAUCUCUGGAUGCUACUACUGGUCCAGCCAGCAUCAGGCCUGGAGAAGUGAUGGAUGUCGGGUGGGCUCCCAAAGCACCCUCCACAGCACCCAGUGCUUGUGCAACCACCUCACCUUCUUUGGGUGUGUCGCCUUGGUCCUGCCACACCUGAUUGACCUUCACAACACUGCAAAGCUCCUGAGCACCGUGGGCCAGAACCCUUCUGGGCUGGCCUUGCUAAGCAGCUUGUUGCUGGGCUAUGGAGCUGCCCUCGUUUGGGCUCGAUGGAGACAGAGAACGGAUGUUAAGAAGGUGAAGGUCACAAUCCUAGCAGAUAAUGAGGCCACCGCCUGCUUCCCUUACCUGGUGCAAGUCUUCACAGGCUACCGCCGAGGGGCUGGGACCUCUGCUAAGGUUAUCCUGACCCUCUAUGGGGCAGAGGGCCGGAGUGAGCCACACCUGCUACAGCACCCCCAGGGGCCCUCCUUUGAGCGAGGUGGGCGGGAUGCCUUCCUCCUUGCCACUCAGAAGUCCCUGGGCAACCUCCACGCCAUCCGCCUCUGGCACGACAGCACUGGGCCCAACCCCAGCUGGUUUGUGAGGCGGCUGGUUGUCUGUGACCUGCCUGCCAAGAAGAAGUGGCAUUUCCUGUGUGACUCUUGGCUGGCAGCUGACCUGGAUGACGGCCAUGUGGAUAAAGUCUUUGCUGCUGCCUCCGAGAGGGAUCUCCUGUCCUUCAGGUACCAGUUCUGGUCAGGGCUGGUGGACAAAUUGACGCAGGAGCACCUGUGGCUGUCGGUGGUGACCUGCUCGCCCUGGAGCCCCUUCACCCGUGUCCAGAGGCUCUCCUGCUGCCUGGCCCUCCUCUGCUGCACCUUCCUCAUCAACAUCAUGUUCUGGAGAAAAGAGGCUGGGUCCAGAAGCCCUGAGGCUGGGCCUUUUAUGGUGACUUGGCACGAGCUGCUGGUGAGUGUGGAAACAGCCAUCUUCCUAAUGCCAGUGAGCCUACUGAUCAGCCACAUCUUCCAGCUGGUCCAGCCCCCAGCCCCAAAGCCUCCGGCUGCCAGCCCUGAACUCCUGCAGACUGUGAUGCCCCCCAAGCAGGUGAUGCCCCUCACACGAGUCAAGCAGGAGCUGGAGGAGACCCUGGGCUUCCUCUACAAGAACAGCCUCUGCCAGUGCAGAGCCAUGGACAAGUUCCCUGGGACUUCUGAGCAAGUACCAGAGCUUGUGGCUGCUCUGUGUGACCUCAUUGAGUCCCACCUCCAGCACCAGAAGGACCUGGAAGGUCCCCCUCAGGAGAGGCGCUUCAACCUCCACAGCUACCUGAGCCAUGUGCUGGAUGACUUGGGGACUCAGCUCAGCAGCCUGGAUUUGUGCAGCUUUCCUAACCCCUAUGACCAUCUGCAUGCAGUGGACCAACUACGGAGAGUCCAGCAGCACCUAGAGCAGCAGCAGGCGCAGCCCUGGCCCAGCACUGAGGGGCCUGGCAGUCCCACCGGGCCCAGGAGCGAGCUCAGCAGUUUCCCACUUGAAGACCCUGAGAAGGAGAGGCCGCCGUUCUCCCACUGUCUCCCCAGGAGAUUCAGCUUUGCCUGCUGGCUCACAGUGGGGAGCAUCAGCCUGGUUUCGGCCUUCUUCACAGUGCUCUACAGCCUAGAAAUGAGCAGGGACGAGGCUGGGCACUGGGCCGUCAACAUCCUGCUCUCAGUGCUACAGAACAUCUUUGUAAUGCAGCCCCUGAAGGUGUUGGCUCUGACCUUCCUCUUCUCACUGCUGCACAAGAGGGAGUUGUGGAAGGAGAAGGGGCAGGAGCAGCAGCUCUGGUGGGCCCUGGGCCUUGUCACAGCAAGGGGCCUACAACUGGAAGCUUAUGGGCAGAGAGACUGGGCAGACCCAGCUUACAGACCCCCUGCCCUCCAGCCAAUGGUGCGGCCAAAGGAACGAGCCUUGAAAGACAAGAAGUUGUACUCCUUGAUCAGAGAGAUUGCAGUGCAGCUUGUGUUCCUGGCUGUGCUGAUGGUCCUCAGCUAUACUGAGAGAAGCCCCAAUGAGUUCUACUUUAACAACUCCCUCCAGAGGACCUUCACAUCCCACCUGGAAGACAUCCUUACCCCAGAGGAGUUGUAUGGGUGGAUCAGGGUGAUUUUGCUGCCUGGCCUCCAUGGCAAUUCUGAAGGUUUGGCCAUGGAUGGAAACUCUUUCCUUGUGGGCAGCGUGCGGCUACGGCAGAUCCGAGCCACAGGAGCCCCGCCAAAGCCAGGGCCAGCUUUUCUCCCACUCCAAGAGGGAAAGCAGGGUCCCACGGCCAGCUGGGGGCCUCCUGCUGCAGGUGGGAGAGGUCAGGCGAGUGCCUGGGUCUUCCAGAAUGAGAGCACGCUGCAAGAGUACCCCAUCUGGGGGAAGUUUGCUCUCUAUCCGGGAAGCGGCUACCUGGCAAACCUUGGCAGAAACAAAAGCUACGCCUGGAGAACCCUUCGCUAUCUGGAACGGAACAACUGGUUGGACAAAAGCACACGAGUCGUCUUCAUUGAGUUUGUUGUCUACAAUGCAAAUGUCAACCUCUUCUGCGCAGUCACGCUGAUCUUGGAGGCCAAUGGGAUAGGCGCCUUGUUCAGCAAAUCGGAGCUGCAAAUUCUGCGCCUCUAUCCAGACCUCCAGCUCGUCCUCCAAUUUAUCUGUGCCCAGAUCACUUUUCUCCUGCUCAUACUAUACUACAUCUUUGUGCAGAGGGUGGUGGUGUGUGGAGGUUGCUGUAUUGCCAGAGAAAGAGCAUCACAGCACCACUGCUCCUUCCACUUGCAUUCCCCCCCCCCCAACAUUUGGCUGCCUGAGUCAAGCCUGCUUCUUCCAUGGGGCCAGCAGGGCCGGCAGUUGAAGCAGCAGAAGUGGAAGUACUUCAGCAGCAAGAGAAACCUGCUGGAUGCCAGCACCAUCCUCAUAAGUGUGGCAGCUAUUGGCCUUUAUGCGAAGAGGCGCGUGCUGGCAGAAGGCAUCCUGAAGCAGCAUCGCCAAGACCGCAAGAAGUUCAUCAGCUUCUAUGAGAUGGUGGAAGUUGACUCUGCUCUGACAUACCUCAUUGCUUUUCUGGUGGCCUUGACAACCAUCAAGCUGUGGAACCUCCUGCGCCUAAAUCCCAGAAUGCACCUCAUCACACAGACACUGCAGAAAGCCUGGGAUGAGGUCCUGGGCUUCCUGCUCACACUUCUGGUGCUGCUUGUGGGUUAUGCCAUUGUGUGCAACCUCAUGUUUGGAUGGAGCGUAGAUGACUACAAGACCUUCUUUCACUCAGCUGUGACCAUCGUAGGGCUUCUCAUUGGAAUCUUUAAUUAUGAAGAGGUCAUUGCUGUGGACCCAGUGUUUGGCGCUGUGCUGAUUGUAACCAGCGUCAUCUCCAUGGUGUUUGUGAUCAUCAACCUGUUUGUCUCUGCCCUUUUGACGACCUUCAGUCGGGAGAUGAAGGCUGCCAAGGCCAGCAAGGAGGAAUCCAUGUUGCAGCUGAUUCAACUGAAGAUUUCCACCUUGUUUGGAAUCAAGAAACAGCCACCCUUCCCAGCAGCUUCCCAAAAGGAGCCACAGGACUGAAGUGGCAUCAUCCCACCUCCCCAUUUGGACAGCUCUUUUCUAUUCUAAAAUGGGAAGGGUCACCAUUUUCCAAGUAUCACUAAUGUACAUGCUAUCUUUAAGAAUAUCAGAGGUCAGCUGGGCUGGCAAGAAAAUCUGUAUGGCUUUUCUCCCACUUUUAAGCUGCCCCUCCCGCUCUUCAGCUAAUUUACCAUGUGAUCUUGACUCAACAUUACCUCAUGCUACAUCCUACUUCCUUUAUCCUCGACACGCCUUUGAGUUGUUGGGACUAACCAAGGCAGAACAAAUCUGACUGCCCAGAAAUCCCCUGCUGCUGCCCUGCAGGUUGAAGAGCAAAACCGAUCUUACUGGCUUCCAGCCCAAAGGCCGUUCAAGUCCCUAAACAGCAGGAGCCACUUUCUUCUCUGCCGAAAGAGGCAGAGCAAAGGAGGGCUGUUCUUAUUUAUAGCCAAUCCCAAAUACUCAGUGGUGCUUAACAUCAAUUAAGCCUUACAAAUCAAGUUAUUUUUCAUGUCGCUGAGGAACUCUUUACCUAUUGCAGGGCUUAACCCCUGAGGAGACAAACAGGGAAUUGUAGAUUACACUCCCCUACCCAGCCACAGAUUUGAAGAACUCAUAUGACAAAGGUGGGUCUGUUGAGAUGCACAAAGGAUACACUGUUUCAAGGUGAACCAGAGGGAGGAGAUAGAAGGGUGGGUGGGGAAGAAGUGUGACUAUUGCCCCUCCCCACCCAGAGAGCUCAGUUUGCCCAGUGGGAGAGAUCAAAUCCAUGACAGGAAUCCAAUCCUGCCUUUCCUUAAAGGCAGCCAACCUCCAAGAUGCAAGGAUCCUUAAGCAGCCCUUACCUUAAUCCAGAGGGGACCCUUCAGCCUGGCCCAAGCAGAAAGCACUCAUCCCCCUGCUCCAACCUGUAAAGGUCAGCAUAAAUCCUACAAGGGCUAAUUUCUCAAGAAUGAUAGCCUGACAGUUCUAUCACAUCACUGCAGAGAAGGACAGCUGCUUCAGCACCCAGGCACUUCCCCGUGCCCUGCAGGACAGGUGGCCCGCUCUUCUGAAGCUGCCCCUGCUGCCACCAACCACAAUGUCUUGUGGGAAGCAAGUCUAAAGGGAGCCUCAUAAAUUCGCCUGUGGGCGGUGGUUGUGGGCUGCACUGCAGAUCCUCAGGUGUGCGAUCCAAACUGAUAGGACUUGUUCCAAAAUAUAACUGCGAAGCCAAAGUAAAGGCAACACAUUUGCAUGCUCCUUUUUGCCAAUAUUUCCCCUUCCCUCAAUAAAUAGUACUCCUUGUUUGACUGGAAGUGUGACUGUCAGUCUGAAGGAACGGCCAUGAUAAGAACUGGUGGC